AUGGACAAGUUGGUAGAAUAUGGACUAGACAAAGUACGGGACAGGUUGAACUUCCACUCCACUUUUGAAACUCUGCAAAGAAACUUAAAGACAUUGAGUGAUCGAGAAUUUGAUGUCACGAACCAAGUGAAGAAUGCCGAGCUUUCUGGUAAGAAGAAAAGAAAAAGAGAAGUUGAGAAUUGGUUAACAAAUGUAAAAAUGAUUGAAGAUGAGUUUCUUGAAUUGGAGAAUCAAGUACAAUCACAAGGAUAUUUUAGUAGGGUCAGAACCGGAGAUCGGGAAGCAAAACUCAAUCAAAGAGUAGUUGAGCUUCUUGACCGGAGUCAGAAUUUCGGCGAGCUUCUACUUGAUGUAGUUGAUGGGAAAAGAGGGCAGGAAUUGCUUACCAAGAGGCUGAUUGGCAAAGCAUUUGAGAAAAACGUCGAAAUAAUUUGGGAACGUUUGGCAAAUGAUGAAGUGAAGAGCAUUGGGGUUUACGGUAUGGGUGGUGUGGGGAAGACGACUUUGACAAAGCACAUCCAUAACAAACUUGUGAGAGAAAUGCAAGACAGUGUUGUUUGGGUUACAGUGUCUCAUGUUAGGAACAUAAGCAAGUUGCAAGACGAAAUAGCUCGUUCUUUAGAUAUACUUCUUUCAGAUGAGGAUAGCGAAGACAAGAGAGCGUCGAGUUUGUAUGGAGCGUUGUCUCAAAGAAGGAACUUUUUUAUGAUAUUAGAUGAUGUAUGGGGAAAUAUUGAUUUGGAAAAGUUGGGAGAUCCACUUGGUGUGGAGGGUGGUAGAUUGAUGAUAACAACUCGUUCAUUGGAAGUUUGUCGGCGCAUUGGUUGCAGAGAAGUGAUUGAAGUAAAAAUUCUGAGUGAGGAUGAAGCGUGGGAGCUAUUUAGAGAAACUCUUGGACAAGAGACGGCACUUAGUCAUCCAAUACAACAUGUUGCCAAGUCUAUGGCGGAAGUGUGUGACGGUUUGCCGUUAGGGAUCAUCACCGUAGCUGGUGGCAUGAGGGGCGAGACCGAUGUUCGUGUGUGGAGAGAUGCAUUGGUCGAAUUAAAGGAAUCUGUUAUGGGGCAACAUGAGAUGGAAGAUAAGGUUUUCAAAGUACUUAAAUACAGUUUCGAUAGAUUGGAUCCAGGUCAUAUAAGGCAAGAAAAAAGCACUUGGUACACAGAGUUACAACUAUGUUUCCUGUAUUGCUCUUUGUAUCCAGAAGACUAUAGGAUCGAAAGAAAAGAAUUAAUUGGAAGGUUCAUCUUAGAGGAGUUAGUGGGUCAAAGAAAGCGCGUGAAGGAGCAAGUCGACAAGGGCCAUUCGAUACUUAAUAAAUUAGUGAACGUCUGCUUGCUGGAAAGGACUUGUGAUUAUGAAGAUGAAGAUUGCGUGAAAAUGCAUGAUCUAGUAAGAGCUAUGGCGUUGAGGAUUACCGAAGGUAAGAGUAUGGUGAAAGUUGGGUACAAAUCGUUGAAAAGAAUUCCAAAUGAAAGAAAAUGGACGAAUGAUCUUGACAAGGUGUCCUUGAUGAGAAAUAACAUAGUGGAAAUUCCAGAUGGUAUAUCUCCAAAUUGCGCUAACAUGUCUACAUUGCGUUUGGAUUGGAAUCAAAACUUGCAGGUCAUUCCAGAAUCAUUCUUUUCGCGAAUGGACAACCUGAGCACUCUCGAUUUGUCUCAUACCGGUAUUAAUGAGUUGCCAAAUUCUUUGUCCGGCUUGGAGACUAUGAAGGCCUUGAUCCUCGAAGGUUGUUCAAAUCUUGUGAACGUGCCGUACUUGGGAAAGAUGAAAGCACUAAAGCAAUUGGACCUCUCAUGGACAAGGAUAAGGGAAUUGCCUCCAGGUGUCGAGAAACUCGUCAAUCUCAAGUGGUUGUUAAUGGGGGGAGCAUUUGAAAUGGAGAUGUUACCAAAAGGUAUCUUACUCAAUUUUCCGUAUCUUCAGCGUCUCCAUAUUCCGGAUAAAAUAGAAGCACCGUUAGAUGAAUUGGAGAGGUUGGAUGAGCUGGAAGAGUUCAGUGGGCGAGUAAAGAGUAGGUGUGAUUUUAAUCGAUUUAUUCAAUCUCAACAAAGGAAGGAGGUUGGUGUUUUCUAUUCCAUCUUUGUGGGAAAGCAAGCCGCCUAUAAAACUACCAACGUAAAGUGGGUGGAUUAUACUAAAGUGGUUUUGUACAAAAUCGACCUUAAUAAAGAAGAAGAGAGAAGCAUGACUAUGUUGGCACGCGACAUCCAACACCUAGAAUUUGUGUGUUGUGAGUGCGUAAGCGGAUGCUUAGUGGACGAUUUUCCAUUAUUAGACAAUCCCAAAUCCAUUCAAACAUUGGAAAUUAAAUGGUGCGAAGGAAUAGAGUGCAUCACGAGAAAUCAUGAGCACGCAAUAGGUGAUGUUGUUCCCUCGCAGGCUAUAUUUUCGUAUCUUAAGAAGUUGAGCGUCGUAGGAUGUAACAAGAUGAAGAAGCUGGGAGUAUCAGCGUCGCAACUCUCAAACCUUGAACAACUCUCGAUUGAGAACUGUGUAGAGAUAGAAGAGAUCGUCACAAGAUCAAGUGAAAAAGAAGAAGAAGAAGACGAAGAAGAAGGACAUAUGAAUAAUAUCGUGCCGUCUAUCCUCAACGACAUUAUGAACCUGUUGUGCAAAGUAUCUAUAUGGUUGGAUGGGGUUUUCGUAUAUAAUCUUGAAUUGUGUUAUGUUGGAGGGAGAAAUGUAGUUAGUGGCUGGAAAUAUUUGCUUGGACUACUUGAACAGGCAGUUACAAAUGUUCAUGAAGAUGUAGACAUAGAGCCAAUCAUUGCAAUUGAUAAGGAUGGGAAUGUAAUUAAAAAGAAAGAAGAAAUUCUUUUUUUGCGGAAUGGUGAUGAAGAUACAGUUGAUGAAGACUCAACAACUGCACAACCUCAGCCUGAAGAACCAAUAAAUGAACAACCUCAGCAUGAGAAACCAACAAAUGAAGAAUCACAACCUGAAGAACCAUCAGCUGAAGAAGUACAGCCUGGAGAACCAACAACUGAAGAAGUACAGCCUGAAGAACCAACUAGUGAAGAAGUACAACCUGAAGAACCAACAAGUGAAGAACUACAUCAUGAAGAAGCAACAACUGAAGAAGCACAGCCUGAAGAACCAACACUUGAAGAGAUUUUUGCUGAAUUCCUAACCACUGAAGAACCAACACCUGAAGAUUUGUUUGCUGAAGUACCAAGAAAUGAACAACAACCAACUGAAGAACCAAGAAAUGAAGAGACCAGAAAUGAUGAUGUGGUCUUUUCUGAGGAUGAUGAUUCAGAUGAUGGUGACUACAUUCAGCCCGAAGAUUGUUCAGAUGAUGUUGAUGUACAUUCUGAUGCUCCAAGUGAAGAGUUAGAAGACAUUGAGGGGUCUUCAGAUGAUGACAUUUUUUAA